UAGAUUUAUGCUUAAAGUAGCAGGGUCUUUUCCCACUUUCUAUUUUAGAAGAAACAGCAGACAAAAGUCAGUUUUAUGUAGCUCAGCUGCCAAAUUAAUAAUUUGAUCGUGGUGCUCUUAAUUCCCAAUAAAGUAUGCCGUCUUCUGCUGUUAUAGAUACACCGAAACCUGAUCAUAUAAUCUCCAAUGAUGGAAAUAAAGAAACUGGCGGUACGACAGCGACACCAUCAUUGUCCCUUUUGUCUCGAAAGUUUGGGAGCUUGACCAAUAUAGAUGAGAUUAGAGAGUGUCUACGAUUGUUAGAUGCAGAAGAGACACGCAUUGACCGAUCGCUCGAUGAAAUGCUAUCUAAAGAAAACGAACUUGCUGAAUCACUUAACACCCUUAAUGUUAUAAGACCACGGUUAGACAAAUUAAAAGACGAGUCCUCGCGUGUAAUUCAAACUGUCGAUAGCACAGCACGGUUAGCAGAGAUUAUCAGCGAUAAAGUACGACAACUAAACCAAGAACAAUCCAGAACCAAACAAGCCAUUCAAUACGUGGAGAAUGUACAAGAAUUGAAAUAUUGUGUAGCGAGCAUUCUAGAAGCAUUUACAAGAAAAGCUUAUGACGAAGCAGCUAAUUUACUACAUAGAGCACUACAAAUCGACCCAGCUAUUUUAAAUGGUUCACUAGCUGAAUUCACAGUGGCAACCUCAGAAAACCCAGAUCAUCCUGCAAAAACAUUGGAUGAAGCGAAAGCCAACCUAUUCAACAUAUUUUCUCAGAGGUUCGAUGAUGCGGUAGCUCAGAGAGAUCAAACAGAAAUCACUCGGUAUUUUAAACUAUUUCCUCUCAUUCAUUGUGAAACGGAAGGUUUAGACAAGUAUUCAAGGUUUGUCUGUAAUAUUAUUAAGGCAAGAUGUGUUGAGGAGCUGAAGAAUGGCUUAAGUAUGGGAUAGAGCAUAGGUAGUAUCAUGCAAAGCUAGUUCAAUUUAACUA